AUGGCGUCUCAGUUAAAAUCUGACGAACCCGUUGCUGACGCCGAGGUGGCGGUUGACCCCUCCAAGUUGUUAAAUACAUCGAGAAAUUCAAAGAAAUCAGAUAAAGCUUCGGCCUCUGGUGCGGACAUUUUUUCUUUGCCGACCAAGCCUAAAUCGACGAGUUCGAAACGUAAAUCCGUAUCGGCGGUUACGAAAAAACCGAACAAGCAGAGUCGCCAAGAUGGCGGACAUGUUGUGGAAUGUCAGUUUGAUGAUGACUUUGGUUCGGAUAUUGCGGCGGUUUCUAAGACGCCUGUCGUUGGAUGUACUCACAGUCAGGAUAACACUGUGCUAGAUAAGAUUCUUAAUCGGCUUGAAGCUUUAGAAAGUGCUACUCGGCCUCUGAACAGGUACAAAAGACUGGUGGACUGGAAGCCGAAAAAUACGGCUAAAAAUUUUACGGCUGGUAAAGUCGCCAGUGCUCUCGAUUACUGGCAGACGAUUACAUCUGACCCUUGGGUUUUGUCAAAUAUUCUAGGCUAUGAAGUGGAAUGUGCUGUUGAACCAUACCAGGUUAGUCAGCCUAGGGAGUCCAGGUUUGAUAAGGUUACAACUCUGAUUUUGGAUAAUCUAUUGACUGGGCUUGAGAAUAAAGGUAUUAUUGAACCAUGUGUUAUUACUCUGGAUAGCUAUGUAUCUUCGGUUUUCCUUGUACCCAAAAGGGAUGGUUCCCAUCGGUGGAUUCUGAAUUUGAAGGAUUUCAACCUCAGUGUUGAACAUCAUCAUUUCAAGAUGAGCACCAUCAGGGAUGCUCUUAACAUGAUUAAAGAAGGGUCUUGGUUUGCUUCAAUAGACUUAAAAGAUGCGUAUUUUUCUGUACAAGUCCAUCAGUCUUCAAGGGGAUUCCUUCGUUUCCUUUGGCAUGGUCGGGGUUUUCAGUUUACCUGCUUGCCCCAAGGACUAAAGAGUUCGCCAAGAAUAUUCACGAAGAUAUUACGGCCUGUCUUUGCUAAGCUUCGGCAAGAAGGUCAUUCCAUGGUUGGUUAUAUUGAUGACUCGUUAACUGUCGAUGAUACCUUCAUUGAAGCAGUUGAAAAUAUUCUCGAGUCUGCGGGCUUAUUAGAUUUGCUUGGUUUCACUAUUCAUCAGCUGAAGUCAAUUUUGACCCCGACACAGAUAAUUGAGUUCAUUGGAUUCAUACUAAACUCGAUUAGUAUGAUAGUUUCGUUACCUGCUAGAAAGAAGGACAAGAUCAAGAAAUUGUGUGCCUCCCUAUUGAAUUCUGGCAAGACCACUGGAAGAGAACUGGCUCAGGUUAUUGGGAAUCUAGUGGCCACUGAGCCGGCAGUUCCAGUAGCCCCAUUAUUUUACAAAUCUCUCGAGGUGGUCAGAAAUCUUGCACUCAGGGAGUCUAAGGGUAAUUUUGAGGCUGCAGUCUGCUUAUCCACCGCAGCUCGGAUGGAUUUGAAGUGGUGGAUAGACAAUAUUGACUAUCAGUAG